AUGGAUGAUGAGUCUGAGGAUGAUGAGGUUGAUGAGGAUAAGCACAAGGAUGAAGAUGAUGAGAAGCAGGUGACGGUUGAGGAUGAAGAUGAUUCACAUGAUCAUAUACAUGGGAAUAAGGAAGAUUAUGAGGAUAAUCUUAUUCAGAUGAUGAGGCUGAUGGCCAACGAUGAGAAUAAGGAGGAUUAUGAGGACAAUGAACAUGAUGCUAAGGUUGAGGAGGAUACGGAUAAUGAAGUUCAUGAGGCUGAAGAAGAUAAUGAGGCUGUGGAUGAAGAUGUUGAGGAGGAUGUGGUUGAUGAGUAUAAUGAGGCUGUGGAUGAAGAUGUUGAGGACGAUGAGGUUGGGAAUGAAGAUGAGGAUGAUGAGGUUGAUGAGAAUAAUAAGGCUGUGGAUGAAGAUGUUGAGGACAAUGAGGUUGAUGAGGAUAAUGAGGCUGUGGAUGAAGAUAUUGAGGAGGAUGAAGAUAAUGAGGCUGUGGAUGAGGUUGAUGGGGAUAAUGAGGCUGUGGAUAAAGAUGAUGAGGUUGAUGAGGAUAAUGAGGCUCUGGAUGAAGAUAAUGAGGCUCUGGAUGAAGAUGUUGAGGAGGAUGAGGUUGAUGAGGCUAAUGAGGCUGUGGAUGAAGAGGUUGAGGAUAAUGAGGCUGUGGAUGAAGAUGUUGAGGAGAAUGAGGUUGAUGAGUGUAAUGAGGCUGUGGAUAAAGAUGAUGAGGUUGAUGAGGAUAAUGAGGCUGUGGACGAAGAUGAUGAGGUUGAUGAGGAUAAUGAGGCUGUGGAUGAAGAUGUUGAGGAUGAUGAGGUUAGUGAGGAUAAUGAGGCUGUGGAUGAAGAUGAUGAGGUUGAUGAGGAUAAUGAGGCUGUGGAUGAAGAUGAUGAGGUUAGUGAGGAUAAUGAGGCUGUGGAUGAAGAUGAUGAGGUUGAUGAGGAUAAUGAGGCUGUGGAUGAAGAUGUUGAUGAUGAGGUUAGUGAGGAUAAUGAGGCUGUGGAUGAAGAUGUUGAGGAUGAUGAGGUUAGUGAGGAUAAUGAGGCUGUGGAUGAAGAUGUUGAUGAUGAGGAUAAUGAGGCUGUGGAUGAAGAUGAUGAGGAUGAUGAGGUUAGUGAGGAUAAUGAGGCUGUGGAUGAAGAUGUUGAGGAGAAUGAGGUUGAUGAGGAUAAUGAGGCUCUGGAUGAAGAUGAUGAGGAUAAUGAGGCUGUGGAUGAAGAUGUUGAGGAUGAUGAGGUUGAUGAGUGUAAUGAGGCUGUGGAUGAAGAUGAUGAGGUUGAUGAGGAUAAUGAGGCUGUGAUGAAGAUGUUGAGGAUGAUGAGUGAGGAUAAUGAGGCUGUGGAUGAAGAUGAUGAGGUUAGUGAGGAUAAUGAGGCUGUGGAUGAAGAUGUUGAUGAGGUUGAUGAGGAUAAUGAGGCUGUGGAUGAAGAUGAUGAGGAGAAUGAGGUUGAUGAGUGUAAUGAGGCUGUGGAUGAAGAUGUUGAGGAGAAUGAGGUUGAUGAGGAUAAUGAGGCUCUGGAUGAAGAUGAUGAGGUUGAUGAGGAUAAUGAGGCUGUGGAUGAAGAUGAUGAGGAUCAGGAUGAUGCGGUUGAUGAGAAGGCCUAUGAUCUAUGA